AUGGAAAAAUUCUGGACAAUCGAGGAAGAUAGCUCAUCGACAGCGUACUCCGUUGAGGAAGCAGCAUGUGAGGAGCAUUUUCAGCGCACCGUUACUCGCAACGCUGAGGGACGAUACAUCGUUCGCUUGCCAGUCAAGGAGGACGUGCAACGUCAGCUCACCGAUAACCGACGCAUAGCUGUUCGCCAGUUUCACUUGCUUCAAAAUCGCCUACUCCGCAAUCCCGAGCUUCACCAGCAGUACAAAGCCUUCAUCGACGAGUAUCGCGACCUCGGACAUAUGGAGCGGAUUCAUGACUAUGACAACCCAGCAGUUCAACACUACUACCUCCCUCAUCACGCUGUGAUUCGCCAGGACAGCACAACCACCAAAUUACGGGUAGUCUUCAACGCUUCAAGUAAAACACCCAACGGACCUUCGCUCAACGACGUCCUAAUGGUGGGACCAACCGUGCAAGAGGACAUUCGAUCGAUCACGAUGCGAUCUCGGAUGCAUCAAGUCAUGAUAAUUGCCGAUGCAAAGAUGAUGUACCGCCAAGUUCUUGUUGACCGUCAUGACUGUCGAUUUCAGCUCAUUGUCUGGAAACCAUCACCAGACCAUCCCAUGGAAACGUACGAACUAAGAACGGUGACGUACGGUACGGCCAGUGCCCCGUUCCUUGCCACUCGAGUGCUAAAUCAGCUCGCAGAUGAUGAAGGGCAUCAAUUUCCACUGGCAGCGAGGGCACUCAAGAAGGAUGUCUACGUCGACGAUCUCUUUUCCGGUGGCGAAACUAUAAAAGAAGUCAUCGAACUCCGCAAACAACUAGACGCACUCCUAGCAAAAGGCGGAUUUCAGCUUCGCAAAUGGGCUUCAAACGAAGAGGCAGUUCUUGAAGGGAUUCCACCGGAAAACCGCGCUCUCCUCACUUCCUUUGACCUAGACCGCGACCAAGUCAUCAAAACGCUUGGGUUGCAUUGGGAACCAGCUACAGAUUGUCUACGUUACAAAACUGACUUCCCACCCGACACAGAAAACCAGCCUAUCACCAAACGGAUUACACUCUCGUUGAUUGCUCGUCUCUACGAUCCGCUUGGCUUGGUAGGACCCGUCGUCACAUCCGCGAAAAUCUUCAUGCAAAACUUGUGGACUCUAAAAACCGACGACGGAUCAUCUUGGAGUUGGGACAAGGAAUUGCCAAUCGACUAUCAAACCCGGUGGAUCGAUUACAAGUCGCAGCUACCCAGACUCAACGAACUCCGCAUAACUCGCUGCAUUCUCUUGGCGAAUCCGGAAACCAUUCAAAUCCACAUUUUCUCCGAAGCUUCGCAGCUUGCGUAUGGAGCCUGCACCUACAUCAGAUCAACCAAUGCAUCUGGGAGAAUCAAAGUUGCCCUACUCACUGCAAAAUCAAGGGUAGCUCCUCUCAAGCGGAAGUCAAUUCCUCGACUUGAACUGUGUGGGGCCCUAUUGGCAGCGCAACUUUACGAGAAGGUAAAAUCAUCGCUACAGCUCGACGCAGAAUGCUACUGUUGGGUCGACAGCACCGUCGUACUGUACUGGCUUCGGGCAUCACCGUCUGUUUGGAACACUUUUGAUGCUAACCAAACUUCAAAAAUUCAGCUCGCCACCUAG